CAAAAAAAAAAGAUCAGAAAUUUGUUGAAAUAAGCAAAUAUAUAGACUUCGCAUUGAAAUUUAUUCAUGGAUAUCCUUCAAAAAGGUUACAAUGUGAUAGUAGCGCCUCCAAAAGUUCAACAGGCAGAUGAAGCAAUCUCAACUCUUUGCGAUCGACUUGAACAUGCAACUCUCUUUGAAGAUAGAAAGGCCGCUGCUCUAGGAAUUAAAAGCUUUGCUCGAGAGUUUAAAGAAUUAGUCGCUGCUCACGGGCUCAAAGGGAUUAUUCGAUCUUUACACCGGGAUUCAUCAGAUCCCGAGUUACUGAGAGUGGCUUUAGAAACCUGUCUGAUUCUGACAAAAUCUUCGGAUGAAAAAACUUCGUCAGACACAGCUUUAUGGGUUUCUGAUCAGUUUAUCUUAAAUCAUGAGAACAUUCAAUGUCUUCUAAAUAGUGUUCAACAUGAUGAUUUUUACGUCCAGUUAUACUCCAUCGAACUCUUUUCAUCCAUACUGGCCUGUAGACCAGCUGAAUUGAAGGAUUGCAUUCAAAGUUUUCCUUCUGCCAUCUCAACGGUAAUGACUCCAUUAAGAGAUACCAGUGAGCCUAUCCGGAAUGCUGCACUAUAUUUCCUGAAAGACCUAACCAUGAAUUGUGCAAGCCUUCAGAAACUAGUUGUUUUUGAAAAUGCAUUCGAAUCUAUUUUAUCUAUUUUAGAUGAUGAAAAUGGAGUUGAGGGUGGACUUAUCUCUGCCGAUGCACUUGUCUUUUUAGACACUCUUUUAAAUGACAAUAUUACCAAUCAACAUUUUUUUCGAGAAUCCAAUCAAAUACCUAAUAUUAUUCGUCUAUUACGUCCUGAUUCGUUUAUAGAUGCAAACUGGGAUUCUCUUCGUACUCGUUGUGUUAAUCUUGUUCUACAUGUUCUACAGUCUUUGACACCCAUCGGUCUUUCAUCAGGGAAAGCAAACCAAAAUGCAGUUAUGAAAAGCAACUCAUUUGAUUUCCUCCUUCGAUUGGCAACAAAUCCAGAUUUAUUACAUUUGGAUGUCCCAAAGGUCGCUUGGAUUACCCUUGCUCAUUUGGUUUACGCAAAUAAUGCUUGUCAGGACGCUUUCGUCAAAAGCUCUUAUUUCAUUAACCAAAAUACAGAUGCUUUAUCAUGUCUUCUAAAUCAGAUCUUCCUUCCUUCAAUCUCUCCUUCACAUCGUUAUUCUGUUGCCUUUUUUUUAAGGGCUUUGGUUGAUUCUAACAAUCAUUUGGCUGAGACCUUCCUACAAAGGAUAAUAGAUGCUUACCGAAAUAAAGAGUCAUCAAAGCUAAAUCUUUUAGACCAGUACCUCGACAUAUCCAUACUUGCUGACACCGAACAAUACGGACAUUGGUUAAUUAGCGUUAUUUUAAGUUAUUUGGUGGCAGGCAGUGACGAGAGAAAGUUACAGUUAUGCAAAAUACCACUUUAUCAAGAAAUCGCAGCAGAUGAAGAAGAUGGAGAAGAAGUUACUUUUAUUCAAUGUAUUUCCACCAAGCUUAUUGCGACAUUGCGGCAUGAUCAUGCUCUUCAUAACUGUGUUGGGUAUCUGACCUUAUUAAUCAUUUUAGUUGAUAGCAAUGCUCACUGUGUAAAAGACUUUCUAUCUGAAAGUAGUAUACUCCAAACCUUGUUGACGACAUUAAUGGACGAAUCUUCUUCAGCAAGUUCCAUUAUUCAGGGUAUGAUCGCCGUUUUAUUGGCUCUGGUGUACCACUAUUGUCCCCUUGAUUCUUCUGUGCCAAAAUCUAGUAUUUAUGGAGCAAUCAAUUCAGCAGUUACUCGUGAUGUUUUUUUAAAUCGCCUUCAUAGACUACACCAGCUUGAUCAAAUUCGCAGUCAUUUACCGUUAAACGAAAUUCCUGACGGUAACUUCAAUACAUUACUCUUCGAUACAUUGUUUGUUGAUUUUUUUAAAGACAAUUUUUAUCGCUUAAUACAUUCUAUUGAUGAUGCUUCUGAUGCUUACAAUGCAAGUGAUGAUGGGAUUAACACUCUACGUGCCUAUGAAGAAGCUCAGCAAAAACUAAUCACGCUAAGCGACGAACUUAAGGAAACUAAAAGUCUCUUGAGCUCCAUUUCAAGCGACAAAGAGGAAGAGUUGCGAAGCUGUAGAAAUGAGAUGGAGGAAAAACAGAAACUAAUCAAUGAGUUUCAAGUUCUUAAUGACGAUUAUCGUCAAGAAUUGAGUUCUCUUCGACAAAGCUUAUAUGAUAUUAAAAUUGAAUUGGAUUAUUCGAAGUCUAAUACUAAUAGUAUGGAGGAGGAAAUGAAGGUGCUUCGCGAAGGUCACGAUAUGGAAAUCAAAGACUUUACCGAAGAAAACGAGAAACUUCGAAAGCUUUUGGAUUCUACCAAAGAUCAGUUUAAGGUUAUUAGUAUGAAAAAUAAAGAUCUUCAUACGACAAUGCAGGGUUUAGAAAAGGCCAAUAACGAAUUCCAAACAUUGAAAUCUGAGAAUUCCUCAUUACAGCAAAAAGUUAAUGACCUCACAGAGAAAAUAGAGGGGCUAAACAAGACUACUAUUUCUAUGAAGAGUUCUUUGAACGAAUCCAAAAACUUAGAGGAAUCCUUGACUCAGCAAAUCCAAAAGAAAGACAAUCUUUUGUCCAAAUAUAAAGACGAAGAAAACGGAUACAAGGGUCAGAUCAAAGAAUUUGAAUCCCAAGUUAGUAGUUUAAGGAACGAAUUAGAAGUGUUACGUGAAAGCAAGGGUUCCUUAAUGGAUGAAAUAAAAACCACCCAGAACGUGGUGAAACACCAAUCCAAUGAACUUAAACUUGCUAAACAAAAGUAUACUUCUUCUCAAGAAAAGCUGAACGCAAACUCACAGAAUUCAAAAACAAAUGAAAAGAAACUCUCCUCAUUAGAAAGUGAACUCAGGGAAGAAAAAGACGCAGUUAAAAGAUUACAGGAGGAACUGGAUAAUAUUAACUCUGAAAAGCACCGCUUACAAAAGGAAGUAAAUGAAGGAGAUUCGUUUCGAACGGCUUCGCAAGCAGCUCAAAAUGAGCAAAGAAAAGAAUUAGAGAAAUUAAAAUCUGAUUUGGAUGAGCUUCAAAUAACACGUGAGACGGCUGGUGAGGAGAAUGAAAAGUUGAAAGAAAUGUGUGAAGAAUUAAAGAAAAAGGUUGCCGGCCUAGAAACUAAGGAUGAUCAAAAUACAGCGGAAUUGCAAAAACAAAAUGCUGAAUUGGAAAAAAGGCUUAAAGAAGCCGAUGAAUACUGGUUACUUAUCAUCGAGGAGUUGGAAACAAAACGCUCGAGGGAUAAAAAAGCUUUAAAAGAAUUAGGACAUGAAGUUUCUGAAGAUGAGAAUGAAAGUGAUGAAGAGUAACGGAACUGCAAUCUUUUGGAUAUAAUAAUAAUAAUAAACAUUAACUAUUAAUUAACUAAUAUCUAACUAAAGUCUUCUCCUCGAUUCCACGAAUUAGCCAAAACCCAAAAAUGCUCAGCAUUACCUAGUUGUUCAAGAGAUUGCCGAGCUUCAUUCUCCGUUGGACAUUUUCGAAAUGUCCAAUAUGAGAAAUUUCGUUUGCUUAAAUCUCCUUCCCAUACCAAAUCACAUUUGUUCUCGUUAUAGGGUAUGCUGCUUCCAUUCAUAUCAGCCAGCUUAUUUCCUUGAGCUAAUAUAGAAUUUCUUGAGGUAUCUGUCCAAUCUAUACGAUUUAUCAUUAAUUUUUUAAAAUGCUUAAUAUUUUUUCUUCCGCCUUCAACAAUAACCAAGUUAAAUUUAUCACUUAAUAUACAUGCUCCUGUAAGACCCA